AUGAAACAAUACCAAGUACAACCUGACACACCAUCACAUACAGAUAUAACACGUUUACGACAAGGACAAGUCGGAGGACAGUUUUGGUCAAUCUAUACGGAUUGUACAUAUCAAGGAAAGGAUGCAACAAUAAGUUUUCUGGAACAAAUUGAUCUUAUGAAUCGAAUUAUAGCUAAAUAUUCAGAUGUAUUUCAAAUGGCUACAACAGCUAAAGAAGUUCGACAAGCAUUUGCUGCUAAACGUAUAGCAAGUUUAUUUGGUAUUGAAGGUGGACAAGCUAUUGAAAGUUCAUUUUCGAUUUUGAGACUUUUCUAUCAAAUGGGUGUACGAUAUAUGACAUUAACACAUAAUUGUAACACUCCAUGGUAA